AUGGCAACCGCAAUGGCAGAAGCUGAAACCCGACAAAGAUUGGUACGGAACGUCAAGAAGGAGGUGAAGCAGAUCAUGGAGGAGGCGGUCACACGCAAGUUUGUGCAUGAGGACAGCAGCCAUAUUGUUUCCUUCUGUGCUGCUGUAGAGGCGUGUGUUUUGCAUGGGUUAAAACGGAGGGCAGCAGGGUUUCUGCGUAGCAACAAGAUCGCGGCUCUCUUCACCAAGGUGGGCAAGAACUUCCCUCCAGCAGAGGAGUUAUGUAGAAAAGCCCAGGAACUGGAACAAAUCAUAGAGAGCAGACGGAGUCAGACGCUGCCAUACAAUGAAAGUUCACGUAAGCUCCCAAAAAUGCCCAGCCUCUCCCCGCAGGCGGCCAAGCACCUCUGGAUCCGCACUGCCCUCAUCGAGAAAGUCCUGGACAAAAUCGUUCUCUAUCUGGUUGAGAACAGCAGUAAUUUCUAUGAGAAGGAAGCAGUCCUCAUGGAUCCAGUGGAUGGUCCUAUCCUGGCCUCCUUGUUAGUGGGACCCUGUGCCUUGGAGUACACGAAGAUGAAGACAGCUGAUCAUUUCUGGACGGAUCCGUCGGCGGACGAGCUGGUGCAGAGACACCGCAUCCACAGUGGUCACUGCAGACAGGACUCCCCCACCAAACGGCCAGCGCUGUGUAUCCAGAAGAGACACUCCAGCAGCAGCAUGGACGAGAGACCGUCUCCCUCACCUUCUGCCCGAGACUACGUCGAAUCCCUGCACCAGAACUCCAGAGCCACCCUCCUCUUCGGCAAGAACAACGUCCUCGUUCAACCGAAAGAUGACAUGGAGGCUAUUCCGGGAUACCUGUCCCUCCAUCAGACCGCCGACGUUAUGACUCUCAAAUGGACGCCCAAUCAGCUGAUGAACGGAUCAGUGGCAGAUCUGGAAUAUGAGAGGAGCGUUUACUGGGACUACGCUAUGACCAUUCGCCUGGAGGAGAUUGUGUAUUUGCACUGUCAUCAGCAGGUGGACAGCGGUGGGACGGUGGUUCUGGUAAGCCAGGAUGGGAUCCAGAGACCUCCGCUAAGGUUUCCCCGCGGCGGGCACCUCCUCCAGUUCCUCUCUUGCCUGGAGAAUGGACUGCUUCCUCACGGCCAACUGGACCCCCCACUAUGGUCCCAGAGAGGAAAGGGGAAGGUGUUUCCAAAGUUAAGGAAAAGAGGUCCAUCUUGUGACUCCAUAUCUGACAAAGAGGAAGAUGAGGCCACAGAUUACGUCUUCCGUAUCCUCUUCCCAAACAGCCAAUCAGAGUUUGUGGCACCAGAGCUGAUAGACCAGGGGGCCAACAUGUGGCACCCCAGUGCCCGCAAAUCCUCCUGCUCCUCCUGUUCCCAGAGCAGUUUCUCCGAAGGAGGACCAGCCAACGGCUGUAACCACGAGAGAGCUCCUCUGAAGCUCCUCUGUGAUAAUAUGAAAUAUCAGAUUGUCUCCAGGGCUUUCUACGGCUGGCUGGCGUACUGCCGUCACCUGUCCACAGUUCGCACGCACCUCUCUGCUCUGGUCAACCACACGAUCGUGGAUCCGUACGCACCCUGCGAUGCAUAUGGAGGUCUUACCUCUGAAGUGUGGAAUACCUUCCUCCGGGACUGUGGUGCUUACAAGGAGCAGGAGUUGCUGAGGUUGGUGUACUUCGGCGGUGUCGAGCCCUCUCUUCGUAAGGAAGUCUGGCCCUUCCUACUGGGCCAUUACCAGUUUGGAAUGACUGAGGACGCACGCAAGGAGGUGGACGAGCAGGUGCGCGCGUGCUAUGAGCAGACUAUGAGCGAGUGGCUGGGGUGUGAGGCCAUCGUGCGACAGAGAGAGAAAGAGCAGCACGCCGCGGCGCUGGCCAAGUGCUCGUCGGGCGUCAGCAUGGACAGUACCAUCCAGCGGAUGAUGCAUCGAGACUCGACCAUCAGCAAUGAGUCGUCUCAGAGUGGCAGCUCAGGCAGACAGAGUCACGCUCGUCUGCGGAGUGACUCCAGCAGCAGUACACAGGUGUUCGAGUCUGUCGAGGAGGUGGACCAGAUCGAGACGGAGCCCAAGGUUGACGAGGUCAAACAAGUCCCCAAAAUCCCCAACGGCGCCGUCCAGAACGGCACCAGCUCGCCGGACUCCGGCCACCCUUCCUCCAGAAACUUCUCGGUCACCUCCGGCUUCUCUGACCACUCUCUGAGUACUGAGGAUGGCACUGCGCAGGAACCCAGCCUCAAAACAUCUGCCCAAGCUCAACAGCCACCUGCGCAUCCACCAAGCCCAAACAAGGCCAGCCAACCAGAGGAAGGAGAACUUCCAGGCAGGAAGUCAGAGGGAGAGGAGAAGACCAGCAAGAUAGACGUGUCUGAAAACGUAGAGAAAAUGAAAGAAGUAGAUAAUCUGCAAAUGGAAAAAAAUGAUGGUGAUGAAGUGUCAGAAAUGGAAACAUGUCUAGUUACAGAAAUGGAUGAAAGGAGUGACGGAAAGACUGAGAUAGAACAAAGCAAGGAUGUUGCAGAAGUUGGGGCUUCUGAAACAGACAAGGAUACGCCUGGAGAGUCAAAGGAAACUCCUGACAGCUGCGAUGCCCUUAAAGUUGUUUCAGAGAUGAGCAGCGUCCAAGAGAAAGCAGAGAAUUUCGAGAAGUCAGAAGCUGUGGGAACAUCAAAGGCUGAAGAGACUGAAAAGGUUACAGAGGAUGUUACAUCAACAAAAGAGGCGACCGUUGAAACCAAGGGAGAUGAGCUCUCAAAAACAGAGGCAACAUCAGAAAGUGGUGAUGAAAAGCCCACAAAAUCAGAGAGCGAUGACAUGCCUCAUACAGAGACUGCUAAAACAAAUGAGGACGAGACAAUGAUGGAUGGAAACAGUGCCACACUGAAAAGAGAGGAGAGUGCCGAAAAAGAGAAGGAUGAUACAGCACGAAGUGAAGGAGUAGAGGGCACAUUGGAGGAGACAGCAGAUGUGAUAUCAUCCGAAACAGUGGCUCCCCCUUUCGAGCAGGAUGAAUCACAGAAGAUGAAGGAGCUGAAAGCAUCAGCAGAGGAUAAGAUUACAAAAACCGAGGACUUGGAAGGUACAAAAUUAAAAACAGGAGAAGCAGCACUAAUAACUGAAGACAAUGUUGACGCUGAAGAGAUUAAGGCUUCAGAAGUAAAGAAUGUCGAGGAGGAAGGCAAAGAAAUAACAUUACGACCUACGACAGUAGACCAAGAUGAAUCGUUGAAAACACAGUCCGUCUUAGAAACAGCUGAGGUUUCGCUCAUAGAACUGGAGUCUCCAAAAACAACGAGCAGAGAAGCAGAGGCCAGUGAUAGUGAGGUAUCAGUGGUAGUGGAGAGGUCUCUUCAGAGAGAGCCACAACAUGCCCCUGUAGCUGAGGAGAUUCUGGUUCCUGCAGUUCAGGAAGUCUUCAGCACCAGAGAGAUGGGAGCGGGGACAGCAGCAGUCACCACAGAGUCAGACGAGUCUCCUUCUGCUAUCGAGAUGGAGGACAUCCCCAUGGCCAAAGUGUCCAUAGCCUGGGACAGAAAGGUUCCAUCUGACGGGGCAGGAAUCAGAGGGGAACCUGUUCCCAUGCUGGACCUGCGGUCAGAAGAAGAAGGCGGUAAACUCAGUCCAGAGGGCACGGAGUCCAUCUUGUCGGAGGAGCCAGAGAUGGAGAGCUUCUAUCCCCAGUUUGACUCACUGGCUGUUGGCAGCGAGAUGAAGAACGACGCCACCUCUCCCGUUUCCUCCAUUGGAACCACUUACUCUCAAGAACUUUUGGACAUGUACACCAUCAACCUGCAUCGCAUUGAGAAAGACGUCCAACGCUGUGACAGGAACUACUGGUACUUCACUCCAGCCAAUCUGGAGAAACUACGUAAUAUCAUGUGCAGUUAUAUUUGGCAGCAUCUUGAGAUUGGAUACGUUCAGGGAAUGUGUGACCUCCUGGCCCCUCUCCUGGUUAUCCUGGAUGAUGAGGCCAUGGCGUUCAGUUGCUUCACAGAGCUCAUGAAAAGGAUGAAUCAGAACUUCCCUCAUGGUGGUGCGAUGGACACUCACUUUGCCAACAUGAGGUCCCUCAUCCAGAUCCUGGAUUCUGAGCUCUUUGAGCUCAUGCAUCAGAACGGAGACUACACCCACUUUUACUUCUGCUACCGCUGGUUUCUCCUGGACUUCAAACGUGAGCUCGUGUACGACGAUGUGUUUUCCGUGUGGGAGACCAUCUGGGCAGCCAAGUACGUCUCCUCUAGCCAUUUUGUCCUCUUCAUCGCUCUUGCCCUGGUGGAGAUCUACAGAGACAUAAUCCUGGAGAACAACAUGGACUUCACCGACAUCAUCAAGUUCUUCAAUGAAAUGGCUGAGCAUCACAACAUAAAGCAGAUUCUGACACUGGCGCGUGACCUGGUGUGUAAGGUGCAGACGCUCAUCGAGAACAAGUAG